GCACGCACUCUCCCUUCCUUUUCGCUUGACAAAUAACACUGUGCUAUAGGAAGCUCUCCUCCGCUUAGUAAAAUUUUCUUUCUAGCUAAAAAAGCUUUCACACACGAACGUUCUCGGAUCUGAGAUCUUUGGAUCCGAAUUCGAAAUCCGCUAAUUCAAAGGUGAAAGAAAAGAUUUAAGCUAUUUAGAGUGAUGGCAAGAAGGCAAGUAGGUUCGACGAGGCGUGUAGGAGAUAGUGGAAGCUUCCCUUUCGUAGGAGCUUUGCACUCUAAAUCACGUUCCUCUCCUCUCUUAUCUAUUUGCCUUGUUCUCCUUGGAGCAUGCCUUCUCAUUGGUUAUGCUUUCAGUGGUCCAGGUAUGUUUAAGAGUAUCAGAGAGGUCAGCAAGAUCACAGGUGACUAUUCAUGCACAUCAGAAGUUCAAAGAGCCAUCCCUCUUCUCAAGACCGCUUACGGAGACAGCAUGCGGAAAGUCUUGCACGUGGGUCCUGACACAUGCGCGGUGGUCUCUACUCUGUUGAAGGAAGAUGAGACCGAAGCGUGGGGUGUUGAACCGUACGAUGUUGAGGAUGCAGACUCCAGCUGCAAAAGUCUUUUGCGUAAAGGCUUGGUACGUGUGGCUGACAUCAAGUUCCCUCUCCCUUACCGGGCAAAGUCGUUUUCUCUCGUCAUCGUCUCGGAUGCUCUGGAUUACCUCUCCCCCAAGUAUCUCAACAAGACCGUUCCUGAACUUGCACGUGUUGCUUCAGAUGGUCUCCUUCUCUUUGCAGGUAAUCCUGGUAAGCAAAAGGCCAAAGCUGCGGAACUAUCCAAGUUUGGAAGACCUGCUAAAAUGCGUAGCUCGUCGUGGUGGAACCGUUUCUUCUCACAGACGAAUCUAGAGGAAAACGAAGCAGCGAGCAAGAAGUUCGAAAAAGCAGCUACCAAGGUUUCAUACACACCAGCUUGUCAAAUCUUCCACCUCAAGCCAUUACAUUAGAAACAUUAUUGUUAUUACUGGGUCUUGAAAAGCAUCAGAAGACCAGAUAUGUCUCUUCCUCUUAUGUUAUAUGCCUUCUUCCCCUCUUAUAGAAAGAAACAGAAAGUUCCACAGAGUUGUAACACAGUCUCAACAAUUUGAUUCAUAAUUUUACUAUUUAAUAAGUUAA